AUGGGAACAAUCAGAAACGACCCUUCUGACUUGAACAUUAUAACCCCGGAGAAAUCGGAGCCCAAGAACUAUGCCAAACCUGAUGUCCUGUGUCGCACCUUUGAGGCUCUGUCUAACCUUCACAAGCUGCUUCCAAACCAUCUAGUGGAGCUGCUUCAAUCCUAUCAGUGUGAAGAGGACAAAGAAAAAUGUGAGAUAUCUGAAUUUUCGGGUUUAGAAAGGAUCCUGGCAGGACAUGAAUUGCCGAAAGAGAUUAAUCUGACUCCCAAGCCAAGCAGAAUGCACUCAUGGCAAAGAAAAGCCAUGAACAACGUAAGUGUUGGAUGGAAGAAGUGCAACUUGUGGAAGAGGAACACAAAAGAGCCUCCUAUGUGCACUGUAGUUGUCAGAUGGCUGAAAAAGAACAUGCAACCUGUGGAGGACCUCAAGUCUGCAAUUCACAAGCUGUCAGUGUUUGGCCCGAUUCGGUCAGUCACCCCGUGUGGACGUCAAAGUGCUAUAGUGGUGUUCAAGGAUAUAACUUCAGCGUGUAGAGCUGUGAGUGCUUUUCAAAGCAGGAUCCCAGGCACCAUGUUCCACUGUUCCUGGCAGCAUCGAUUCAUGUCAAAAGAUGUAAGACUUUUGGGGCUGGGGAGAUAG